AUGUUCCAGACACGAUCUCUCGCUACCGCAGCGCGCAGCGUGCGUGCUUUCGCUGCGCGGCCUAUCACGCGUUCCCUUCCUCCGAUGUCGUUGGCUCCUCUCGCCACUCGCGUGAGAUAUGCCUCCAGCGCCGCCUCCAUGUCCUCGUCAGCGCCCCACCUUCCACCGAUCCCCUCCUCCCCCAAGAUCACUGUGACGCCGCCGUCACUGGACGCAAUUCUCGAGGAGGGGUUCAUGGACGACGCAAAGCUUGUGCCCGAAAACGAGGCGCGGAUCAACAUCACCCCUGAGGCGAUCAGGCAGCUCGCGCAGCUCGCGGCUAACGAACCGCCAGACACGACUCUUGCGCUGCGCGUCGGAGUCGAUUCGGGAGGGUGCCAUGGGUACCAGUACAUUAUGGAGCUGGUGGAGGAGAAGGGGGUUGAUGACUACGUCAUGCAGGCUGAGGGCGCGGUGCCCGUCCUCGUCGACCUCAUGUCCCUCGGAAUGCUCAAAGGCGCGACACUGCACUACGCGACCGAGCUCAUCGGCUCGUCCUUCCGCCUACAGGACAACCCGCAGGCCAAGGAGGGUGGCAACUGUGGCUGUGGCGUGAGCUGGGAGGCGAUCUAG